AAAGCAGAUUUAUUUAAUCGUCAUAUGGUUGAUUACUAUUUAUCAGGAACUGGCUAUCCAUCCACAAUAUAGAAUGAGAGCUUUUGGCUUAUCUACACAAAAAGACAACACUGGAGCAAGUGUUUAUUAUAAGUAACCGAUAAAUCACGAAAACCUUAUCAGUUUUAUUUUGCUGGUGGUUUUGUAAAGUUCAAUUUUAAUUUAUAAAGAAAUAAUGCCAAAAUUUCUCCGUCCGCAAAGUUUAAAGUAUCCUCAAGUUUACGGAAAUUUUCGUACGAGAAACAAAAAUGGUGAUAAGCUAACUGACUAUUUGAUUCAAGACCUGCCAGAAGAAUAUUUUGAUGUUGCAUUAGACUUGCUAGUAAAAGAACAUUUAAGAGACGAGUUGCUUCAUGAGUCGCGUGGUGUUUUAAAAAAUUCUGAAGCUGUAAAGGAAGCUUAUAAGGACUGGCGGAAAAAGCUGAAAAAUAGAUUUUCAAUUGCUUGUUUUACUUGUGAAGGAACAGAUCUUGUUGGAGUAAAUGUACUUGGAGUUAUUUCAAAUGAUGAUGAUGAUGAAAUUGAUGAUCACCAAACUUCAGAGUUCAAAGAUGUUAUGGGAGCUUUAGACUAUAUUGGCAUGCAACAUAAUGUUUUUGAAAAAUAUAAUAUUGAUAAAUUUUUAACAGACUAUGGACUUGUCAUAAAUCGUGAUUAUAGGCAGCGAGGGAUAGCAGGUGAAUUUAUGAAGGCAAGAAUUCAAGUUGCCAAAGCUCUUGACUUAAAAGUUGUAUCGUCAGUGUUCACAGCUGUUGGAUCACAAAAAGCUGCUGAAAAGGUCGGAUUUAAGGAAUCAUUUUCGAUUUCUUUUGAGGAACUUGAGAAAGUUUUUCCACAGUUUGAUUUUUCAAAGACCCCCGCUAACGAUGUUAAAAUAUUAGAUUAUAAAAUCAAGGAACAAUCUUAAGAAUGUCGAUUUAAAUAAAUUACAAUUUUUUUGUUGAAUAAAACUGAAUUAAAUUACGAAUAAAGAUGAUUUUUUGAUUAAGAGAUUGGGAAUCGUACUCAUGUCAUCAAAGAAACUAGAUUUAAUUAGGUACACAAUAGAUUUUCAAUUAACACCUUUAUAUAGCUUGACUCACAACUUAUCGUCUCCCCUCAAUAAAUAAAGUCUGACUACAUCUCUUUAAAUUUAAAAUAAUUAUCACAUCAAUAAG